AUGCACCUUGAAUACUUUGUUUUUUCUUUUCAAUAUUUUUUUUCCAUUGGCAUUAGCAUCAUGUUUGUAUGAGCUCAGGUAUCCAUACCUGUUGAGCUUUAGCUCAUUCCUGACAGGCAUCUGAAUAAUAAAUGCUAAAAUGUGACUACAUGGAAGAACUGAAUGUGAAACUACAAGGUGGGCAUACAAAUUCAGCCCUUUGUGUUGAUGCUAAAAGUGACGGCUCUCGCAUAAUUUCCGGUGGCGAAGAUGGCGAAAUAUGUUUGUGGACUCGUGAUGGAACCCUCAGCCAUAAGUUACAUGGAGAAAAUGAGGACUGCACUGGUGUUUAUAUUUCCAGAACAAAAGAAAGUAUAUUUUAUGCAUCUUUAGGUAAUACAGUAAAGGUGUUUGAUUCAAGAAACAUACAAAGUCCUGUUGAAUCAUAUCAGUUUAAUGAAGAGGAGAUUGAUCAAAUAGUGCUUGAUGAGAAAGAAGGAUUCCUAGCAGCAUGCGACGACUCCGGCGAUGUCAAGAUAAUCUCACUCCAGGAAAAACGUCUUUAUAAAACCUUACGACGAAAGCACACAAACAUUUGUGCUACCGUCUGUUUCAGGGUACGGAAACCAUGGGAAAUUUUCUCAGGGGGAAUGGACUGUAACCUCAUUCACUGGGAUUUCUCGCGUCCAAAGUGCCUUAAUCAAUUUAAUAUGCAAGAAUUACAAGACGCCCCAUCUGAUCUAGGUGCUUAUAUGGUGAACCCUCCUUUUGUGCAUAAUUUGUCAAUGUCACCGGACGGGAAAUAUCUGGCGUGCGCUCUUGAAAAUGGAUUUGUUUCUGUUUUUGAUGCAAGUAAAAAAAAUAUUGCAGAAAUGUGCACACUGCAUGCUCACACACAAGGCGUGUCACAGGUUGACUUUGUCUCGUCCACAAAACUUCUGACAGGUGGGAACGACUGUACUGUGGCAUCCUGGGAUCUUUCUAAAAUGAACAGCGGUGAAGAUGCUAGUACACAUGCACCCUCAGAGACAAACGGACACUCUAGUCCAAUACAUAGCAGAAAUUCUCAGAUUACUGAAAAUUGCAAACUUUCUGAAAUACAGCAUUCUUCUAAAAUAAAUUGGAUGAAGAAUUUCAGUCAUUCAGGAAAUCAUUUUGUUGUUUUAGCAGAUCAAAGCCCUGAUCUCACAGUACUACCUAUACAAAUAUAGAAACUAGAUUAUCCUUGUAAUUCUUUGUUUCAAAUUACUGUAAUUGAUUUGUUUAAUUAUAUAACAGUAAACUUUAAAAACCAUCAUGGUAGUGUGCUAUUAAGUGAUAUUUAGUUAACAAUGACUUUCAAACUGUUUAUUCAAUGUUAUAAAUAGCUCAGCAUUUUAGCUUAGUUUACUGGAAUAACAGGAUGUAUUUGAGGACUGUAAUUUAGGGCUAGAUAAACACACUUGGUUAAAGAUUGCAAAUAUCUUUUUGAAUAACUUUAUAUCUGAUAAACCACAAAGAACUUCAAAUGUGUCUUUUAGAUUAUAAGGGGAGGUAUUUAUUUAAAGGUCCAUAACUCUAUGAUGGCUUUUGACAUAAAUUUGUUCUUUGCGAACCAAGGAAUUAAGACAAAUUUCUGGUUUUUGUUUUAUGUGCAAGGUUUGUCAUCAAAACUUAAUGAAUUGCUUCAAAUUUAACACAUGAUGUCUUUGUAGGCCAAUUUCCAAUAUUCUAUGCCAAAUGAUUUUAAUGAAGUCUUCUUAUUUGUAAAUUCCUACAUUAUCAAAAACUCUUGUUUUACAAGCAAUGAGAAUAGUAUAGCAUACUGUCCCCAUGGCAACCCUUGCUGUACAAUUUCAAUAUUGUAGUGAUGACAUUUAAAUGAAAAAAAAAAAAAUUUUCUGGACCGUAGUGAGAAAUUCAGAAUUUACCAAGGUUAAGAGGCACUGAGUUGUACUGAACAUCAACAGACAGCUUAUGAAUAUGUGACAUUUUAUUACAUGUACAAGUAUUUCUAAGUCUGUUUUCUGUUACUGUUACAGUAUACUACACAUGUAUUGUAUUUGUUAAGUUUUUGCAUCAUGGGCUUCUUUGCAUUUAUUUACAAAAGAGAUUGUACAAUGCAUUUAAUAGUUUUAUAUUAAUUACAGUCAUGUACUUCAUUUGUCUAUGUGGUUACUGAAACAGUAGUUUGCAGAGACCUGUGGCCAAGGUAGGCCUAUAUACUUCUAUGUACUGUACUAUACAUUGUAUAUGCAGAUAUUAUAAUUAUGAAGAUACAUGGCAAGCUUUGUAAAACAUCUAAGCCGAUUAGGUUAAUUCUACUUCAACAUACUUGCAGUGUUUAGCAAUCUGUGAUCUUUUUUUUUGCUCACAUGAACAUUUUCAGGUCAUUGAGACCAUUUGUGACUGCCUAAACAACUUGGGACAUUAUUAUAUCACAAGAACAAACAUUGUAAACAUAAUUAAAAUUUGGUUUUAAUAUUUCUUCAUAGAAAUGCAAACAUUUUCUCCUCCAUGAGGGGAAAACUUUAAUUUGUUUAAGUUUUUAGCUCACCUGUCACUUUGUGACAGGGUGAGCUUUUGUGAUCGCUUUUCGUCCGGCGUCCGUAAACUUUUACUUUAAAUGACAUCUCCUCAUAAACCACUAAGCCAAUUUCAACCAAACUUCACAGGAAUGUUCCUUUGGUGGUCACCUUUGAAAAUUGUUCAAAGAAUUUAAUUCCAUGUAGAACUCUGGUUGCCAUGACAACCAAAAGAAAAAAUUGCCCCCAUCCCAGGGGGUCAUUGAUUUUUCCUAUAUGUAUAUAGUAAAAAUUAAAAAGUCUUCUUUUAAAGAACCAAAAGAGCUAGAGCUAUGAUAUUUAAGAUGAAACAUCUUCUAAUGGGUGUCUACCAAGUUUGUUCAAAUAAAAGCCCUGGGAUCAAAAUUGGACCCGCCCCAGGGGGUCAUUAAUCUUUCCUAUAUGCAUAUAGUAAAAACUUAAAAAUCUUCUUUUAAAGAACCCAAAGAGCUAGAGCUAAGAUAUUUAGCAUGAAACAUGUUCUAAUGGAUGUCUACCAAGUUUGUUCAAAUAAGAGCCCUGGGGUCAAAAUUGGUCCGGCCCUGGGGGACAUUGAUUUUCCUUAUAUGUGUAUAGCAAAAACUUAAAAAUCUUCUUCGAAAAAACCCGAAUAGCUAGAGUUUAGAUAUUAAGCAUGAAACAUCUUCCAGGAAGUGUCUACAAAGAUUGUUCAAAUAAAAGCCCUGGGGUCAAAACUGACCCUGUCCCAGGGGUGUCAUUGUUUUUAAAUAUAUGUGUAAAGAAAAAACUUAAAAAAUCUUCUUUUAAAAAACCCAACAAGCUAUACCUUAGAUGUUUAGCAUGAAACAUCUUCAAAUGGGUGUCUACCAAGUUUGUUCAAAUAAAACCCCUGGGGUUUAAACUGGCCCCGCUCCAGGGGGCCUAUAUACAGGUGAGCGACUUCAGGGCCAUCAUGGCCCUCUUGUUUAAUUUCUUAUUAACACUAGUUAUAAAAUCAAAAUUUUUAUUUCUUGUUUGGUAUACAAUUAUAUACAGUAUCAUUAUGUUGUCACUUUUGAACUGUUUUCAAGGCAUCUGUUAACUUCAGCUUAGAUUUAAAGAAGUUAUACUUGUUUACUGGUUAAAUAUUUAAGUAUGACUUUACUAUUUAUACGGGGAAGUCAAAGAUUGGGCCGGCUAUAGACUACACGUGAAUAUUUAAAAGAAAAUCAAAUAAAAAACAUUUAAAAAAUAUAUAGAAUUCUAUACCUAUCAAUAAAAUUUUCAGUGUCAGUUCUAGUCAGGCACCGCCAUUUACAAUGUAUGUCAAUGAUAAUAGGCGGGGUAUUCCGAUAACGGAGCAAAUCUCAACUUUUCGGAUUAGUAAUAAUCGUCGAGUGUUCCGAGUGAAAACGGAAGCUGUGUAUGUAAUAUCGAAUGACACCUUUAAAACGGAAAGAAUGAAAGGAUCUUUUAACGCUUUCCCCGUUCAUACGACAUAGGCUUUGCCUAAUUUCAUAUUACGCGGAAAGUCCGAAAGUCUUUUGCUUUAAAUGACAUCUCCUGUUUUCAAGGCAUCUGUUAACUUCAGCUUAGAUUCAAAGAAGUUAUACUUGUUUACUGGUUAAAUAUUUAAGUAUGACUUUACUAUUUAUAUUAACAAUAUAGUCUAUUAUACAUGUAUAUUGACUAGUUGCUCUCUUUAAAGGGACUCCACUGAGUUAUUUUGAAAUGACAGGACUGGAAAUAUUUUGCGAGAUUUUUGUUUCAUUUGAUGUAGGUCUGGACUUCUAACUAGUGUGCAAGAUUUUAGAUUAUUCACUCACCCUGUUUUUCAAGAUAAAGAAAAUUUAUUGUGCGAAAUGGCCUCAAAAUGAAAAGCAUUCAGAAGCUUUUAAAGCAGCAUGCCUCCAAAUUAAUGUUAUUUUUCAUGAAAAGUUUGAAAAUGUAUUUAAAAAGCAAAGUAUUGUGAAGUGAGCAAAAAAUUUACACAUUGCAAACGGAACAUAUAUUUUAAGUAAAUUACCAAAUUACCCAAAACAGCCCUUACUGCAUUACUUAGGCAGUAUAUAAAUAUGGUGAUAAAUACUGCAAAAUCAGUUAUUAAAUUAUAAUUAAUUGCUCAUAAGUUAUAACAUGUAAUUUAUUACUUGAAUCUUUUUUACUUUUCUUAAAUAUGAGUACCUUUUUCUCAAGGUUGAUUUUCUUGAAAUAUUUUGGCUUAUUAUGGAAGCAUGCAGCUUUAACUAAAAUUGAUAUUAGAAUCGCCCUUGACUUUCAAUGUAAUGCUGAGUAUAUGACUCUCUAAUCUCAUGCAUAAUUUUCUGCAUUAAGUGCCCCAGUUGAAUUACAUGUAUAUAAACAAUUCAAAUUGUAUGGUGUUGGACCUCAGUGGAGCCCGUUUAAGAUAUUUUUGGUUUACAAAAACAUGUUUUUUUGAAUACCUUAUCUUAGUGAAAAUUUUGUUCUGCUUAUGUUGAUAUUGAUUUAAUUUAAUGUACGAAAACCUGAAAUAUUUUGUUUGUUAUCUUUUUGCAUAUAUAAAAGUUUUGUGUGCAUGCUGCAAAGUAUUUUCAAAUUGAAACAAUUACAAUUACAAUAUUAGUGCCUGGGCGUGUGUCACUUGCAAUAGUUGUACCUUAUGACAAAAUAUGUACUUGGAGCUAAAAACAUCAUAAUUUUGUCAGGGGCAUAGGGGUGUAGUAGUAACACAUUUCUAGUUUUCCAGUGAUAAUUUACACACAUAAAUACUGGUUAACGAUGAAAAAAUCAUAUUUGCUGUAUAAUUGAUUUGGCUUUAAGGAAAAUCGGCACAAUUUUGGAGGUUUUUUUAGCUCGACUUUUUUUUUUUUUUGAAAAAAAAAGUAAGAGAUAUUGUGAUAGUCCUGGCGGUGUUGCCGUCCGCAAACUUGUACCUGGAUCAUAACUUUUUUAUUUCUUGGUGUAUUGUCUUCAUACUUGGCCACAACAAUCCUUGGGACAAGACCUUUCAGUAGACCACACCAACUUUGACCUUCAUCCAUAAAUGACCUUGACCUUCAAUGUCGAAAAUCCAAAUUUUGCUUGUUCUUACUUUAUAAUUAUUGGCUGUAACUUUGUUAUUUUUGAAUGGAUUGUCUUCAAACUUGAACAUAAUAAUCUUCAAGGAUAGCCCUUAAAAAUAACCAGACAGACCUUGACCUUCACUCAUAAAUGACCUUGACUUUGAAGGUCAAAUUAUUGAAAUUUCAUUAUUUUGGCUAUUAUUGGCUGUAACUUUGUUAUAAAAAAAAAAUUGCAGUUUUUUUUAAAAGAGCCAGUUUUACUUGACCUGUAAUAAUGAACGCAGAUUGUAGAUGUACAUACAUGUAGUUUGUGCAAAUAUUGUUCUCUUAUAUUCAAAUAAGACAUAUUCAGUCAGAAUUUUAUAGAUUUCAAUAAUUUUCUGCAAUAACAAUAUUUUACUCGGGGAUAAGCAUAGUAUAUCUUUACUCAGCUUCCAGUCAGGUGCCAUACUAUUUACACAUUGUACUUUUGUAGAGUUAACUAAAAUGUCAUACCCUAAUCUGUCUGUUACACUGGCAGUGUCACAUGAAUGUCAGACAAAAUCCCCUGUGGACAAAAUCCCCUUCAUGUAUUUUUGUAUAUCUGGACAUAAUGCCCUCCAUGGGUUGACAUAAUCCCCUUCAUGUGUGAAAUUUUGAAGUGGAUAAAAUCCCCUCCUAGGA